GCAUGAUCAACACAACAAAUUUAAGGAGUGAGCCGAGAAAGCGACUACCAGUAGUUUGAUGCACCCCGUAUAGUCAAGUCGGUCGAGAAAAGAAGCUUGUACACUUCACAGGAACACUACAGAUUCAUUUAGACUUUGACGAUCGGCCUAGCAUGACUGGAGGGACCAUGAAUCACCAUCUCAUCGACCCACGAACACGAGUUGCCGCUCCGGCAGCUCUCUCGCUGCCCACUUCGACUUCUCACGUUGCCCAGCGAUCACCGUUCGCUAUCAAUGAACUAUUGGGACUGACUCCGUCGCCGUGUGAAGAUCGGACGAGUGGCCGACAGUCAGUAGCACUAAGCACGGCAGCGGCGGCGGUACAGAGUGCACAUGUCGCUCGCUGUCUUUCUGAUACGAUUAUGAGUCCAGCCUCUGUAUACUUUACCAAACCCAGUUACAUGCCGACACUAGGUAUACAUAAUCCAAUGAACAGUAGUCCGCCUGUUGGAACUACGAGUUUACACACACCACCGCAUCACAGCAUGCAAGAAGACGAUGACGAUAGUUCAAGUGACAGGAAUGGAUUCAUGAGUCGAUCAUUGAUGAACAACUGUAAACAGAACAAAAAGAAGAAGAAAAGACGACAUAGGACAAUUUUUACAAGUUUCCAGUUGGAAGAAUUAGAAAAGGCGUUUAACGAAGCCCACUACCCCGACGUGUAUGCCAGGGAAGUGCUUUCGCUGAGGACAGAUCUACCAGAAGAUCGCAUUCAGGUAUGGUUUCAGAACAGACGUGCUAAAUGGCGCAAGAAGGAAAAGAAGUGGGGACGUAGCAGUGUCAUGGCUGAAUAUGGUUUGUACGGUGCCAUGGUCCGACACUCACUACCUCUACCGGAGAGUAUUUUAAAAGAACCAGAAGAAACGGGUGAUUCCUGUGCUCCUUGGCUCUUAGGGAUGCACAAGAAAUCAAUAGAAGCAGCAGCUAAGUUAAAGGAACAAGAAGACGACGACGAAACAUUGGAUAUCGACGACCUUGAAAAUGAGAAUUCAUCGACCGUAGGAGAUAGAGACCCUGAAGAAAUACGAUCCAGCAGCAUAGCGGCAUUGCGAGCAAAAGCACUGGAACACAGUGCCAAAGUACUCAACGAAAGUAGGUCAUAUGACAACAAUAACGAACAACCGGUGAAUAAACAUAUGACAAACAAAACAUCGGAGGUGGAGCGAUACAAACAGCAAGUCAUGGAAAUGAACAAAUGA